AUGGUUGGCUCUAACAUUCAAGUUGGCCGAGUCCUCGGGCUCCCGGAAUUUUUCGUACGGACUGGGCCAAGAGAGGAGGUUGCGAAGGAACCAAAUUACUAUGAGAUACUGAAUGUUAGUCCCCUGGUAGACGACGAGACUCUGAGGCAAUUGCGGAGGAAACAUCUUUUGGAAUUGCACCCGGACAAAGUAGGUGACGACUCGAGGGCCUUGAACACCUUCCUCAUCUUGCGAGAGGUCUUCGAGACGCUCACAGACGGAGUGCGGCGCUGCGAGUACGACGAAGUGCACCGCAUCAAGGGGAAGUGGUCCGUGCAGACCUGCCACGACGCAUUCCGCGAGGAGUACAGGAGCAAGUUGUGGAAACAGAUCCUGGAGGAGAGAUCGAAGCGGGCCUCGGCAAAAGAACAAGGUGAUAAACAAGAAUCGUCGGAUCCGGAAGGCGAGCCGACGUCGCCGCCACUCAAGGCCAAGCCGCUGAAGCCCAAGGCCGGAAAGCCAUCCGGCCGGAGGUCUGACUCUCACAAGGCGUCUCGACCGAGAAGCGAGGAUAAGCGGCCGACGAGUCCGGGCACCCAGGCGGGGCCGGCAGUGACGGUGGUCACGGUGGAGGUCGAACCCGAAGCGAAAGAUGCUGUCGAGACCGUCACGUCGGCAGUGGCUGAAGUAUUGCUGCUGUCGGGCUUGUGA